AUGGCACAACCAGUAAUUACACGACCAGAGAGCCAAGCUUCAUGGAAGGACUUCAACAUUAAAAAUGAACUUCGGGAGAAGAGAGAGAAUAGUUCUUCUUCUCGAUAUCAGAUAAAAGGCCAGUGGAUAGACGAAGAAAAUAGGAGACUGAUUAGCUUAGUAUAUCAAUUUGGAUUGAGGAAAUGGGUUGUAAUAGCUGAAGAAAUGGACGUUUGGACUGAAGAUGAAGAGAGACGGUUAAUUCAAGCACAUGAAAGACUUGGAAAUCGAUGGCUAGAGAUAGCUAAGUACAUUCCUGGAAGAACUAAAAAUUCAAUAAAGAAUCAUUGGAAUGCCACAAAAAGGAGUAAUGGUUCCACCUCCACUAACUCAAAUUCUGGUACCACUACCACUGCAGCAAAUUCGUCCAAUGUCAGCACACCACUCUCUGAUGAUGAAGACUCUACACCAUUUUUCACUCAACGGACAUCUGAGAGUACUUAUAGCUUCAACAUUGAUGAAAAUUAUAAUCAUCCCACCAUUUUCUUCACUUCCCUGGAGAUUUUACAGACAACUAAUUCUCAACUGCCUGCUGUAGAAUAUGUGGAAAAUGACUUAUUCCAUUCUGCUUCAAACCCUAUGGGAAAUAAAUUUUUCCCUUAUGAGAAUUCAGAAUUAAUCAUGGAAUUAAAUUCUAACUUUCAAAGCUUGGAGACUGAAGCUUCACAGAUUUAUCCUGAUGAGUUGUACUUUUCAUAUCAAUGGGACGGAGACAAUGCUGGAAACGAAAAUUUAACAACAAAUCUGCCAACAAUUGAUCAAGGUACAACCUUUAGAAGCACAAUGGACACGGAUUUGAUGGAUAUGGUAUCAUCUUCUCAGCUGCCUCCUUAA